CUCACUACCAGGUGGCAGUAUAGAAAGUAGUUCGUUGAUGAUGUGUGGUACAUCUGUUUCGUCAAACAAAACAAGAUAAAUACAGUGCACUUUGUUGUCAUUCUUACACGGAACAACUAGAAAUGCGGGUAGACAGAUCGGACUAGCCGAUGAGCUCCUGGUUCGUCUGAGAGCCUUAACAUCGCAAGUUCUACAAUGGCAGAAGGGGGUGGAAACUGGUGGGAUUCUUGGUAUAAUGCUGCUAAAUCCAAGUCUGCAGAAGUGCUGGAGUUUGUUAAAAGAGACUUGGAUGAGUUUUCAACAGCUGUCAAAAGUGAAGCGAGUAAUGUUGUCACCAGCACUACCUCUGCCCUGAAAGAUAAAUUGAAGCUGGAUGAACCAGAAUCAACAGCAAACACAGUGAAGCGUAGUUUCUCGUCAUUCCUGGGCCAGAUGAGUAAUGUGCUGAAUCCAAGUCCACAGGAUGAUGACGAGGAAGCAAUUGUCAUAUUUGAUGCCGAACCUGUCCCACUUACAAAAUUUCAGGCUAAAUUGCAUUCCAUAAUUCUUGACCCCAACACUUUUCUUACUGAUCCUGAUGAGAAAUAUACUCAGCAAUAUGAAGCUUGGUUGGAAAUUAUUGAAGAUCAGUUAACUACAGAGCGACUUUCUAAGUUGAUGGCAGCAAGUCCAGAUUUGCAUCAGCAGUACACAAAACUUGUUCCAGGACAGGUGUCCCACAUAUUAUUCUGGCAAAGGUACCUAUUCCGGAAAGCGUUGCUGGAAGAUGAGGAAGCAAGAAGAGAGGCACUUGAAAGAAGAGCUGAGAGAGAAAGAAAAGCGGCUGAACAGUUUCAGUGGGAGAAAGAACAAGACUUUGGACCCAACAUAGAGCUUUCAGAAGAGGAGCAGAUACGCAUAUUACAAGAAUAUGAAAAAGAGUGUGAAGAAAAAAGACUGAAACAGGAUCAGGAGACCUUGCUAGAUUCCAGUUUUAAAUUCAAUCACUACUCAGAUAUAAAUGGCAGUUUGGUACUUCCAAGCUCAUCUUUAAAAGGGGCAGAUGUUGACAUUGUUGAAACAACAGAUGACAUCAAGAGAGGAUACUGCGACAAAGACUCAGAUGAUAUUGAUUCAUUAGAAAAGGACUGUAUUGGAAUGUUGCAAACUAGAGAGAAAAAGGACAUGGUUGUAGUUGGAUAUUCUCCAAGUGGUCAUACUUCAUCUUGCUCUGGUGACAAAGAAAGUAAUGAUGAUGACUGGGAAAGAGAAUUUGACAUUGAAGAGAGUGAUCUUGAGGCAACAACAGAACAAAAAGGUGUCGAGAGUGUUUCUGGGCGAUAAACUAUACAUUUCACACUAUUAUAAAUCAUGGUUGUGCCCCGAUAUAUACAGGAACAUGGUACCUGUAACAUUAUGGCUCCAUCUACUGAGUUUUAUCUUAUGUUGUUCAGAAGCAAAAAUGAUAUAUUCAUUUAACUUCUAUGGUUAUUCUUUGUUAUGCAUGAAAGACAAUAUUGUCAAUUUUCUUUCCUCCGAUUCAACAGAUGAACUGUGUAUACAGACAGGAAGGUCUUAUACAGUGCAAAUGCUCACUUGUUUAUAGAAAAUAAUUUCUUUCCUUCUGUGUUUGUUUUUACACUUGUUUUUCAUAUUUGUAGAUAGACAUUUUUAAGUUUUUUGUGUGAAUUUUAAAAUUUAUCUCAUGGAUUUUAUCCUUUGUUAUGUAUGUUAAGGAGCACAAUUUUUUUAUAUGUAUAUUGUUUUGUUACUGGAGACAUUGUUUAUCAAAUGUUAUUUGCCUGCUUUACUGUUUGUACAAGAAAU